ACUUUCUGGAGCCUCUAGGUCAGAAUGUCCCAGGCACCACCGUGGCUGUUGGGGUUGGUACACAUGAAGGAUGAAGAAGGCUGGGCUCUGGGGGCUGCUGUGGAUGGUCUUCAUCUCAGAACUCCAAGCUGAAAAUGAAUCAAAAGAAGAAAAAUUUAUAAAAGAGGGGGAGACCCUGAAUGUAAAUUGUCCCUUCUCCACCGAGAAGUACUCCUACAGCCAGAAAGCUUGGCAGAAGCUGAUAGAUGGAAGGAAGCCUGUGACGCUGGCCUUAACAACGAGUACUUCAGGCAAUCCUAGUCAAGUCCGGGAGGGCAGGUACUUCCUAGAAGACAUCCCCAGUGAGGCCAUCCUGCACGUCCAAAUGACCAAUCUUCAAGUGGAGGAUUCAGGAUUGUAUCGGUGUGUGAUCUACUACCUUUCCAAAGAGCCGGAUGUCCUGUCCCCCCUUUUCCACGUGGUGGUGAUCAAGGAUCCUUUAAACACCACUGCCUUGGAUGAGAAUCAUACUCGGAAACUGCAGAUUUCCACCUUUCCUCCUACCACCACCAGAGCCCAGGGCACACUCGUUGACAGACCCAGGACUGUGACCAAACUCCCGCCCAAAUCAACUGUUGACUUCUCCUCUCCUGGCUUUGGAGUCAACAUCACAAAUGUGACAGAUGUCACCAGCUAUGUUUUCAGGGUCUCUGUGACCAGCAUCAUCAUUAUCGUGUUGUGUGGAGUCCUGAGCAAGAGCCUGGUCUUCACGGUCCUGUUGGCUGUGACACAGAGGUCAUUUGGACCCUAGGCCUGCGAACCCAUGAGAGUAACCUCUGACCUCAAUUUUGCCUGAGGAGGGGUGUGAGGAGGAAGGGAAGGAGGGACAGUGACAGGAGUUGAAUCUGUGACACAGGUUUUCUCUAAGGCUCAGGUCCCACCUUCCCAGCUCGGUUAAUUCACUAAUAACCUUGGGUGUGUGAGUUCGUCCCCUCAGAAGAGAAGAUUCGAUUGCAAACAUGCCCAUUCUACCAGCGGCUCCAGAUUUGCCUUAAAUAAAGACAGAGUCCAAUGCU